UAUUAAUACAACUAACUAUAAAUUCCACUCUUUUGCGGGGAAGAAAAGAACCCGAACCUCGUUCAAAUCCUCCCUCAAUCCUACUCCAUCACAUCCCAGUCACCUAAAGUCAAACCAAGCCACCAUUCCACCACCAAAAUGUCCCUCGCAGACCAAGUCGAACUCGACAACUUCGGCUCCAUCUUCUCCCUCGAGGGCAAAGUCGCCGUCGUAACCGGCGGCUCCAGGGGCCUAGGCCUGCACGCUGCCAGCGGAUUACUCCAAGCCGGCUGCUCAAAGGUCUACAUCGCGUCGCGCAAAGCCCAAGCCUGCAACGAGGCUGUUGCGGCCCUCAAUGCCCUCCCCAACAAGCGCCCCGGCGCGCAGGCCAUCUCCGUGCCCGCUGAUAACUCGAAGAUCUCCGAGCUGGACCGACUAGUGGAGGAAGUGAAGAAGACGACGGAUCAUGUGGAUAUUCUCUUUGCGAAUGCGGGGGCGACCUGGGGCGAGAAGUUCGACACGCAUCCCGAGAAGAUGUUUUCGAAGGUGAUGGAUUUGAACGUGAAGAGUGUGUUUUAUUUGGUGCAGAAGUUCGCCCCCCUUCUUACGGUCAAGGCGACGCGUGAUGAACCAUCCAGAGUCAUUGUGACCGGCUCCAUCGCCGGUCUGGGUGUGGGUACUAUCGGGGACAAUGCUACUUUCAGCUACUCGGCUUCUAAGGCGGCAGUGAUCCAUUUGACCAAGAAUCUGGCGGUUGAUCUGGGCCCCAGACAUAUUUUGUGCAAUGCUAUUGCGCCUGGUUUCUUCCCGUCGAAGAUGGCUGAUGGCCUGAUCAGUUUGCAGGGUGGUUUGAAGUCGUUGGAGGAGCAAUCUCCCAACAAGAGAUUGGGUAGACCGGAGGAUAUUGCGGGUUUAGUGGUCUUCCUCGGAAGUCGAGCCUCCAGCCAUUUGAAUGGAGCGGUUAUCGCAACGGAUGGUGGAAGUCACUUGAAGGGCAAACUAUGAGCUUUGUGUCUGUAGUAUCUCUUCGUAUAUUGCUCUACUUCAUUGGGCGUACGUAUGAGUGUGUUUGCACAUUUCGUGUCUAGUUGUAUGCGAGAAUGUAUAUGUUUCUAGAGCUGCCUCUACAACUUGGCUGCAUU